UUCUGUCAACACAGGUAAAGGGCCUACCUACAGCACUUAAGUGACAGCCUUUCUGUUUCAGAGAAAAGCGAGGCCCAUAUAUGUAAACCUGGCAGUGAAAGAGAAAACAGAUCAUUCUCUUAAGCAAUCAGUGAUUUGGAAGGUAUUUUGUGUAAAGUCUCAUUACUAGGUGUGUACCCACUUAAUAUUCUUAUGUCUUCUUGCAGGUGGUCAACUCAGUUAGCUUCAGACUGCAAGUUUUCAAAACCAUUUUUUAGACAGCAAGCAAAACAGCUGGGUGAACAGCAUCCUGGAACCCUUCUUCAAGUGUGCAGAUCCUUCGUGUCUCCAGGAACUCCAGGUCUCGCCAUGGUGGAGUCUGAGCGCGCCUCAGCCCGUGGCUGCUGCACUGCCUUCACCAAUUUCUUGUGCACCAGAAAGGGAACUCUCCUAUUUGCUGAGACUAUAUUGUGCCUGGUGAUUCUAAUCUGGUUCAGCAUCUCAACACCAGGAUACUCCACUCUGUCAGUGGUUGAGAUGAUCCUUGCUGAGAUCUUCUUUGUCAUCUACAUGUGUGACCUACCCACCAAGAUACAAUCCAUCAACUGGCCUUGGACUGAUUUCUUCCGGUCCCUCAUUGCCGUCACCCUCUACCUAAUCACCUCCAUUGUUGUCCUGGUCAACAGAGGAAAUCGCUCCAUAAUCAUUGCAGGGGCACUGGGCCUUGCUGCUGCAUGCCUCUUUGGCUAUGAUGCCUACAUCACCUACCCCUUGAGGUAAUAAAGAUAUACAGCAGUCCUGACUGAUUGUG